UCUUGAAUGAAUGAACCCCCGGUCGCCUUGGGCCGGUCCUCCGGUCCGUUCAACAGGUCACCAUUGGUCAACCGGUGGCCGGGUGGAAAACCCACGGUCACGCGGGUGGGGGGCCCGGCGGGCCGCCCUUACGUUUGCCGCCGCCGCUUCUGCCGCCGUUGCCGCCGCUCGGUCCACCGUCGAGACUUAAAUGUCCACCGGAGUCAGGUGGCUAUCUCAGUUGAUCGUUUUCGGUCGACGGUGGUCAUCCGCAUAAAUGUGUAAUAUAAUAUAAUAUUAUCGUCGACGUCGUCACGUACAACACUGCACGCGAGUUUUCACACUAUUAUAUUUAUUCAAUAUUAUUAUUAAUUUUUUUUAAAUUUUAUUCGAAUCGAUCGCAUAUUGUUUUUUUUAAACAGACUUUUCAGUUCGUCCGAUAUAACACACACACUCACUCGAGCAUACACACACACACACGCACAUUGACUUAUUAUUAUUGUUUUCCGAUCGUUUUUUAUAUUAUUAUUUUUGUUUAUCGUCGUUCGUAUAUCGACACCGCUUGCUCGCCGGCACAAUACAACGACGCGUCUCUCUCGGUACGUGUGUGACAUAUGAUAUAUACGUAUAUCAUUAUUGUAUGAACCGUAAUCAGUUCGGUCGGACGUACUUAAUAUUCUCGUCGGAAUACGUUUUUCGACGGAUUUUCAUAUUUGUCCAACAUUUCGACUCGCCCUCCGACGACCUCAUGGAGUCUUACGGAGGUGCCGGAUGUGUCGGUUGUUAUCGAGAACACUGCAGGCAGCGAACGCAUUCGGUGCCGAUCGCGGCGACCGCGCCAGACCGUCGGACGCCGUCACAGAUGAACCGCGGCCAAACUGCCCCCAGGAAAUUCGAUUUCGCCCGCCGUUCUUGUCGGCUUUUCAUCGCCGGUUCGUUCGUCAUUGGACUGAUAUUAGUUCCCUGCGCCAUGUCCGCGCCUACCAAGUCGUCAAAGUCUUCGUCACCGACGCCACCACAUCCCAUAAUCGCGUCCGGUACGCCGUUCUGGCAUAACCCGUGUGGCAUGCUUUUGUCGUAUGACGGUAGUGGUGGUGGCGCCAUGAUAAGCAGCGCCGUUGGCCACGAUAUUAUGAUGAUGGAAUCGGAAACGGAUUCGACGACACGGCGCGAAGAGGACAUCAUUCACGGCAUCGUCGUGGCUGCCGGUCAGGCUCUAACACACGCCGAACAGUUUACCGGUGCUUUCGUGGUCGAAACGUUUCACGUCGACGUAAAGAAAAACCACGAACACUGGAAAGGCAUCACGCUCGAUUGGCUGGAAAUGUCCAAAUACAUGCCUAAAGCGUUGGACGUGCCGCUCAGCAAGUCCUAUCUGGCUACUCUGACGUUCAGGGAUGUACUGCAUGCCGUGUACGUCGGCAUGCAAAACGUGGCCGUGGGCCUGGAACAAGUGGCGUGGGACCAGGAUCGGGAGAUGCUCCCGUACGCCAAGUACUUCAACGAAACCACUUUGAAACUGAAAACUAUCCUGUGCGAGGUGUCGAUGGCAAUUUAUGAUAUCAACGAAACGCCGGAACCUCACGUGGAAAGGGACAUCAUGCCGAUCGAGUCGAGAAUUUCGCGCGACAACCAAUCUCUCAGGGACUGGCUGAUACUGCGAGAGUAUAUGACCAGCCUCCAAUACGUGAUCGAGGCUUUCGGAUACCUGAAGUCAAAGAGAUAAUAGACACGUUUCGAUCGCUGCCGCUGCCACAGUUUCUGACCGCAUAAUCCAUCAUCACCGCUGAUACAUAUUAUCAUCAUUAUUAUUAUUAACUAUUAUUGUGAUUUAAUUUGUCGCCACUCGUUUUAUUUUCCGCACACGUCACUUAUUAUCAUAACAUAUAUUAUAUAUUAUUAAUAUUAUUAUUACUAUAAUACGACAUUACGGACACGAACGCCGCGCGUUUACGUUUAGUUAAUUACGUAUAUAAUUAAAAUAUUUAUAUUGUGCUUAAAUGUUUAAUAUUAUCGAACGUAAAUCAUUCAUCCCUCUCUCUACCUCCAGACACCUCAACUCAUCAACCGCUACCGGUCCCACCUCCAUGCCAUCACCUCGUCCAUCGUUCCAGUUGUUAUAAUAAGUAUAAUAAUUUUAAGCCAAUAUUUGUGUAAUGAUUUUGAUUUAUUCAAUUUGUUUUCAAACUACUCGCGCAUUAGCGUACAAACGUUUUAUAAUAUUACCUACUGCGUACGUUUAUUAUCGAUAUUAUUAUAACAUAUACUAUC